CUCGUCCAUACUGUCUUACCGUUUUACACACAGGCAGGUAAGCGAAUACAUGUGAUUUCUCGUGGACAGUCGCACGAGCAGUACGCACGAGAAGCUAUAAGUGUUGGUGUUUAUCUCACAUCUUCACUCGCAAACAAGUAUUGAUAAGGACAGCCAUCACUGACCCCCGUUGUCAUGCCGACAAAGCAAGGCCCGGAGUACGAUGAUGUGUUCAAGGAGGUUCCUCAGUUCGGUCGUUAUCAGUUGUGUUUGUAUCUGGGCACCACGCUGCUUAUCAUUCCCAUGGGUCUGCAGUUUGCACUCCUUGUCUUCGCCGCCGGUACUCCCAAGUUCCACUGCGCGGAUGCCAACAGCACAUGCAUACCGAAUAAGUGCUGUGAUAAUUGCACUCGGUACAGCUUCGAUGGGCCUUUCACCAGCACUGUUAGUGAGUGGGACCUAAUCUGUGACCGCGCCCACCUAGGCGCCACCUCUCAAGCGAUGUUUUUGGUGGGAAUGCUCGUCGGUUCUCUUCUGUCGGGGAUCAUGUCAGAUGCUUUUGGCCGUCGUCUCUGUAUGUUAAUAUCGUGCUUUAUCAUGAUUGUAUGCUCAGCCGCCUCGUCGUUUGCCGACUGCCUGUCCCUGUUCGCCUUGUUACGGUUCGGGGUGGGCUUUUCGGUGACUGGACUCAUGCUUACACAGUACGUCUACGUACUUGAACUCGUGGGUCCCACCAAGAGAACCGCCGCGGGAAAAGUCACUGAUUUCUUUUGGGUGAUUGGCGCUUGUGCCACGUGCUUGCUCGGUUACCUUAUAAGGGAUUGGAGGAUCCUGUUGCUUGUCGGAAGUUUACCUGCUGUCGUGUUUUUCUUCUUUUGGAAGGUUUUCCCCGAGACAGCACGUUGGCUCGUUGCCAAAGGCAACCUCGUUGAUGCGCAAGUCAUACUGGAGAAGUGCGCUGACGGCAGGGCCGUGGACUCGCGAUCUCUACAGACACUAUUACAAGAUAUCUACGAGGAGCAGCAAAGGCAGGAGAAAACGACGCGCCGGUACACCCCCCUGGACAUGAUCAAGACGCCUAAGCUGAGGCGUAGGACUAUCAUUGUAUGCUUUAACUGGUUUGUGGUGAGCAUCAUCUAUUUCGGCUUCGUUCUUUACAUCACUUCCUUAUCCGGGGAUGUGUACAUCAACUUCCUGCUCAUGUCAAUCAUCGACGUGUUCAACACGCCCAUUUCUUGGUUCCUGCUACAGAAGAUUGGUCGCAGAUUGACCCACUGUAGUAUCAUGUUGACGGGCGGGCUCAUCUGCGUGCUAGUGCUGGUUGUACCAAAAGAGUACACCUCCGUGGUGACAGGUAUUGCCAUCAUGGGAAAAUUCUGCGAUACCGCGGCGUUCUCCACAAUCUAUCUGUACACGUCUGAGCUCUACCCUACGGUUAUUAGGAACACUGCCAUGGGAACAGCGUCGAUGUUUGCACGUAUAGGGGGGAUUAUCGCACCUUACAUUGUCAUGCUGGCUCAGCUUCCUUCAGUCAGCAUCACCCUCCCCAUCGUCAUAUUCGGCGUGUGCUCAUUGGCUGCUGGCGUGAUGUCGCUAUGGUUACCAGAGACAUUGCGCACCACCAUGCAACAGACCAUAGAGGAGACAGAAAUGACCCCAGAGGAUUAUGGGAUUCCUUGUUGUGGGUGUCUAGGGGCGUGGAGGACUGAAGAUGUGAUUGUUAAUAAUGACGAGGAGCACGAGACAAAAAUGUAACUAGUCGCGUGUACCAUCUUUGGAUUUAAAAAUGAACUACUGGGCGGAUAGGUAGGCUGUUAAAAAAUGUUUUUGUAUUUUUUUUAGGUUAUAUUAUAACUCUUUUGAUACAA